UUUCUGCAUUCAGUUCGUGGUUGACGGUGGACGUUAAUGGUUCUUGGCUUUGGGAUUUAGUGAAAGUUUGUGUUUUUUUGGGGAAAAUCGUGCAUAGGAGUGCGAAGAGUCAGUUUUCGUACAAUCGUGAAACGCGUAAUUGUGAAACGCUUCUGUGGACCUGUGCAAAAAAACAAUUACAAAAGGAUACCAACUAUUGUUCUGUGAAUCGCUGUGAAUAGUGAAGGGGUUCGUGACUUCGGAUGUUGCAGCGGGAUCUGGUGGCCAGUAUGCCGGCCGAUAGCCAUCACCACGUGCUGCGGCCUUCGCCGUUGCAGGAGAGCACGAUCUCGAAACCGCGCGCCGUGUACAGUAUCGACCAGAUAUUGGGCAAUCAUCACCACCACCACCACCAUCACCUGAGGACUAACGGCGGGUCGACGGCGGCGAUCCAUCAUAACAAUAACAACAGUAUUAGCGUUAAUAACAACAACAAUAACGACCAGGACUCGUCCCUAAAACGCGAGGACUCGCCGGUGGAGCCGCACGAAAAUGGCGUCGACGUGGACAACGACGACGACAUGCCCAUCAUGGGCGAUCUGGACGGCAUGGACGGUGACCCCAACGAUAUGGGCCGGCCGAGGAAGAUUCGACGAUCUCGGACCACGUUUACGACCUUCCAGCUGCACCAGCUGGAGCGGGCAUUCGAGAAAACGCAAUAUCCGGACGUGUUCACCCGGGAAGAGCUGGCGAUGCGGCUGGAUCUGAGCGAAGCGAGAGUUCAGGUAUGGUUCCAAAACCGUCGUGCAAAGUGGCGCAAACGAGAAAAAGCCAUGGGUAGAGACACAUCUGCUUUUCUACACCACGACCAAGGAAUGCCUGAAUUCCCGCUUGGCCUGCCCCUGCCGCACCAGUUGACCCACCCGGGCCUCCCACCAGCGGAGUUCUGGUCGGCCAACUUUGGACUCCAUCCGACGCUGGUGCCAGGCUCGGGCCACCCGCUGAUCCACCCGACCAUGGUGCCCAACUACAAGAUCCCGCACUUUCACUCCCUGCUGACGCAGUACAUGGGCCUGAACUCGCUGUUUGGGGCGGCGGCGUACCCGCAAAAUCUGACCAUCAACACACGGUUGAGUCCACCGAACAGCCCGAAGGAGAGUCCCACUGGGGGUGCCGGAGCCGGAAACACCAGCAGCAGCUCCAGCUCGAGCAGCUCCAGCAGUAGCAAUCUGAGCGUUGGAAGCAAUAGUAUCAACACUAGCAAAGAAAGCGUGGCAGAGAAAUAGAUUUAGGGUUAGGUAGAGAAUGAGCUUGAGAUGCAAUAUUUAUUGUUAACUUAUUGAAUAGAGGCGAAAACGGAGCGGAAUCUUUGUGAAUUUGAAAGUUGACAGAUGGUGGCAAAAACAGCAUUGACUUGCCCCUCGGCACCUGUCAAACAAAGUAACAUGUGGUUUUUGCCGCCAUUUUGUCAAAUGUUAAGGUUAGCUUCGGAGAAUUUCUCUGUUUUGACAGAGUAAGUCAAGUGGAUUGUACCGAGAGAGGUAG